GUUUUCGUCGGAAAUUAGUUUUUUUGCCUUUGUCGGUACCGUCUGUGCUAGCUUUUCGAUCAGAUUUUAAAAUGUCAGUGCAAUCGAAUCCCGUGUACAUAGGAUCACAGAAAUCAGGGACGGAUGUUGAGCAGUUCUACAAGGAAGCCUUAGAAAAUGCUUCUAAUUUCAAUUCUCGGAUGAUGUCAGAACGGAAGAUGAGACUUCCUUUUCUUGACUCUCAGACUGGUGUAGCCCAGAAUAACUGCUUCUUGUGGUUCCAGAAGCGUCAUAGAGCCCAGGGUCAGGAACGGGGCCAACUGUACACCUACCCUUCCAGGAGAUGGAGGAAGAAGCGCAAGAAUCACCAGCCUGUCCCAGUAGAUAUUGCAGAGAACAGAAUUCUUGCUGAAGCCUUAGGGGCAGACCUUGGUGAUUAUUCAGGUGAAGUCCCAGUAGAGACGGCCAUCAACCCUGAGCAUGACCCGACACAAUACGGAGGCAUCACCAUCCACCCAGUCCAUCAAGAAUCAGAGGAUAUCCUGAGACACCUUGAAGCUGAUGACGUAUUCCCUGAUGCUGGUGAGAUUGACAGACCGGGCUCAGAGAGCGACGAAGACUACGAGGUGUCGUCUCGUAAAAAGAAGCAGAAGAAGGGGCGUGGUACGGGAGGAGGACGACGAUCACGAGGAGGGGGAGGUGGUGGAGGAGGAGGAGGAGGAGGAGGAGAUGGUGAGAUGCCACUACUAACUGCUGAAGAUAGACCUUAUGCAUGUAAAGUCUGCAAGAAACGGUACAAGAACCGGCAGGGUUUGAACUACCACACCCAACACACCCACCAAGGAGACCUGGACACCAGCAUGGAGGAGCCGGAAUCCCAGCCGUCACCCCUGGAACCAGUGACUGACCCACGUAAGCAUCCAGUCAAGAACACUAUGGAUCUAGAAGCUGCCUCUGUGUCUGCUGUGACAAGCGCAAGCGAAGACAGUCUUGGUGAAGUUACCAAGUCAAGUAAAGGAGGUCAACCAGAAACCAAUAAUUACUGUGACUUCUGCCUUGGUGAUGCCACCGAGAACAAGAAGACGAGGAUGCCGGAAGAUCUCAUCUCGUGUUCAGACUGUGGUAGAUCAGGCCAUCCAACCUGUCUCCAGUUCACUGAUACCAUGAUACAGAAGGUCAAAGGUUACCGUUGGCAGUGCAUCGAGUGCAAGUCAUGCGGACUCUGUGGCACUUCAGACAAUGAUGAUCAACUGUUGUUCUGUGAUGACUGUGAUAGGGGAUACCAUAUGUAUUGUCUCAAUCCACCCAUGCAGGCACCACCUGAAGGAAGCUGGAUAUGUGACCUGUGCAAGAUGUGAGGAGUACAUGCCCGCUGCAUUUAUCAUUAUACUGCAUAUGUCAUUUUAUACUGCUAAAGAAUUGGAUAUGUAGAUAUGAUAUCAUGUUCCAAACAUCAAAUGCUCUAAAUUGCCUAUUUAAGUCAUAUGGUCCAGUUGCAUUUAUCAUUAUACUGCAUAUGUCAUAUGUUCCAGCUGCAUUUCUCAUUAUACUGUUAAAGGAUGAGAUACGUAGAGAUGAUAUCAUAUUCCAAACAUCAAAUGCUCUGAAUUGCCUAUUUAUGUCAUAUGGUCCAGUUAUUGCCAAAGGGUGAAUGUGAGGAGGAUGUAUGCCAUCUCUCCUUGGUGAAAUUCACAAUUUUCACAAAAAUGUAGCUUUAUUACAUGAAAAAUUGAAGUGACAAUUGCCUCAGGAAAUAGGUGUGCUGUAACUUCAAGAGAUUAACAAUGAGAAUUGAAGACAGAUAUUUUUUAAAAUGAUUGUUGAAUGUGUAGCACGAUUCCUAUAAGCAUGAUGGAGAUCAUGUUAAUAGCUUGGUUAUACCUAUUAAAUGAGAAAUAGAUUUUUGAUAUUUGAUAGGUUUAUUGAGCAAAUAAUAUAUAAAAAAUAAUUGGAUAAAAAUAGGUUCAACAUCUCUAGUAUAUGUCACCACCACCCUUUCAUAGAAAGACCAUGUACAUUUUGAAAACUUCAUUGCAUAUUUUCAAUGCAGAACAUAUAUGUACAAAACAACUCAAAAUAAUGAAUUCUGUACAUAGAUUUAAAUAAUAUUGUACAUUUGCCAAAAGUGUCAACAACCCCCCCCCCUUCCCCAAUGGACAUGCAGUAUGUCACCCUUGAAGGAGACAUCUAUGUAAUGUAUUGUAGUGUCUUGUAUCAAUAGAAGUAGAUAUCAUACUUGUAGUAGUAUUCAUGUAGAAUGUUCUUUCAAACAUUGUGAUUAAAGUUUAGAUGUGAAAUGUCAGAAUGGUUUCAAUGUGAAAACCUAAAUAAAUAACAUUUGUUUUUAAUAAAAUCCUGAAACAGUCA